GGGGAAGAAUCUCUGGCUGGAGAUCCAUCUUUAGUGGAGGUUUCUCGUGCAAACCUGGCAUCUUCUGAUAUGGGUAAGCGCUCUUAUUCCCUUCAUUUAUAGCACCUUUCUAUUGUGCCGAUCUUUUCUGUCUUGAUGCCUUUGGUGAAACACCUUUUCGCAUCAUAUUGGUCUGUCCAGUUGCUACCACGUCUGAUCUGUGUCCAUGUAUUUUUCCCUCUGAAUAAUACUGAAUCUGGAGAACUUUUGAUUUCCUUUCAGAAUAGGGAAAAAUCUCGCGUUUUCACUGGCAGUGCUCUUGCUAAGCACUGUGUUGUGGUAACUUCUAGGAGAAGAACUGUGUGAAAAGGAAACAGAUGGUAUUUUAGCCAUAGAAUACUAGAAUGUUGGUUUAAUGUAUCUCUCAGUUUUGCUGCGGGUAACAAUAAUGCUUCUGUCCCCUUCUGACUGUUUCCAUGGUGCUGCCAGCAACUUGGAUAGAAAUUUUUGGCUCACGUUACGGAGUAAGGGUCAAUGGUAGUUUUAGCAGCUGAGCAGCACUGGAUUAGUGCUGUGUUCCUUGUGUGGAAUCUGAAUCUGAGGGGUAUUUUGAGUUUAGUUCUGGAGGUAUUUUAAUAUCAUUGAAAGCUGCUGUGGUAUUGAUUAAAUAUGUAGCUACCAGACUAUGAAUUUUGUUCUGUUAAAAGCUGAGUUGUUUAGGAUUUGUUUCUGAAGAGCUGUUUGUCACCAUUUGGUGGAGUAAAACACGUUAGCUGCUAGCAUGUGAAGAUUGCUAUGUCCUAACUAUAAAAAGAAGUACAGGAUAGAAUUGUGUAAAGGCAUGCAAGUAUUUACAGGAACUCUGAUUUAAGACUUCUGGUUGGCCUUGGGGUGCUGAAUUAUGAUUCCAUACAAAAAUAAUGCAGACCCCUCUUUUAAUCAGUUUCCAUUAAUCAUUUUUUCCACUGUGUGGCAUAACACAGAGAAUAGAAUGCUAUGUAUUUCUUGAAUAUUGGGAUCUAUAGCCAGGAUGCUUGGAUCAAGAGUCUUGAUAUGGGGGAAAAAACUGAGGUGAGGGUGGGUUAACCUGUCCUGGCAUCCUUCUCAGGUGGAGAGUAGGCUGAAUUAGGCAGAGAUGUGAAUUAGCACGUUAACUGUUUUUUUGGGAAGAGUUGAGAUACUGGGUCUGGGCCUCAAGGAUAGCAAGUUUAGGCUCAGUAGCUUCUGUUUUUUCAUACUGUUAGAAUCACCUCACAGUGGAACAAAUGUCACCUUCUCCUUCAGUGGAGCAGGGCUUUGGAAGUGUGUGAGACUUGUCGUGGCAACCAUCUCCUGCCCUCAGAAAGCAGAAAAUUAGAGUAUAACUGUAAUUGAAGUAUGACCCCGGUAAAACACACAAGAGCAAACAAAUGAUGCAGUCCAAAAAUUCCUGUUAUUCUCUCUCCAACGUUUUAGGUGCUAAGUUAUCCAUAGGAAUUUCCUCCUGGGACUUGGUGUAUUUCAGAGAAUGGGAAUUCGGUUCAUCUGCCCUUCUAUAGACAGUUGGUGCCUUGAAAUGGACAGAGGAUAUGAGUUAUUGCUUAUAACAACGUCAUUUUAAAAACACUUUUUCCUUUCUGGUAGAGACUUCUAAGAAAGGUGAAUUUAGCUGUGAACUACUAGGGGUAGUUAAACUUGAUUGCGGGUGCAGUGUUUCUUGCUGCCGAUGGAACUGAUUACAAUUAACAGGUCACUGAGUUAAUACUCUUUAAAUAUGGCUGAAUGGUGACUGUUAGCUGUGUGGUAGUUGCUUGUGUUUCCAUUGUCCUUUCAUGCAGAGAGGAGCUGAAGUCUCUCCACCUCUUGAAAUCCUUGGAACCUGUUGUUACAUUAGUUGCUCUGAAAAUAAUGCCUCCUAUUUAUUUUCAUGGAAAUGAAAGCAGAUAGAGCACAAUAAUGCUACUUGAUAGAGCAAAUUCUUAGCUACAGAACACUAUUUUUCAACACAGUCACUGCAAAUGACCGGGAGCCUGCAUGUCACACAUGGCAGUGACCCACUGUUUCACAGCUAUUGUGGCGGUGUCACUGCAAGGAAAGCGUUGCCCACGCAGUCUAUCUUUCAUUGGCCCGGACAGAUGGAAGGUGCCAUUCUGUCAGACUGCCCCUCUGUCGCAUGGCAACAAAAUGUAAUGCAAUAAUGACAGGAACGUUCAGCAUCUGCUGCUAUACUGCCAACAUCUGCCUCUGACACUGUGGGCUGACAUCACACAGAGGAGUUCCUCAUGCUUGGCUUACUUUUUAGUAAGCAUCUCAGAAUCAAGUUUACUGUUAUGGGAAAUAAAUGGGCUUCCAAAGCAGCUGAGGACAGACCCUUAAGGAAUGCCAUGCAGUAAGUGCUAAACAAACUGGCACAGAAAGGAUCAAAAAAGAUGGCAGUCUGUUUUUGAAAUAAUUAAACAUAUGGACUCUCACUGAUAAGAAAUCAUGUCAAAAAAAGGACGUAGCAAGGGCGAAAAGCCUGAGGCACUGAUUGUAGCCCUACAGGCUGCCAAUGAGGAACUCAGGACCAAGCUAACAGACAUUCAAAUUGAGCUGCAUCAGGAGAAAUCUAAGAUUGCUAAACUUGAAAGAGAGAAGACUCAAGAAACAAAGCGUAUCCGUGAAGUGGAGCAGCGCAAGCAGACUGUGCAAAUCACAGAGCUAAAAGCCAAACUCCAUGAGGAGAAAAUGAAGGAGCUGCAGGCUGUGAGGGAGAACCUCAUCAAACAGCAUGAGCAGGAGAUGACACGGAUGGUGAAAGUUCGAGACAGUGAAAUCCAGCGUCUCAAGUCAGCGUUGUGCGCACUGCGGGAUGGCAGCAGCGAUAAAGUAAGGACUGCGCUGACUAUUGAGGCUCGUGAAGAGGCCAGAAAACAGUUUGACUCUGAGCGCCUUAAGCUUCUGCAGGAAAUUACUGAACUGAAGUCUGCCAAAAAGCAGGUAGAUGAGGCCUUGAACAAUAUGAUCCAAGCUGACAAGAUCAAAGCAGGUGAUCUUCGAAGUGAGCAUCAGUCCCACCAGGAAGCCAUUUCUAAGAUCAAAUGGGAGAGCGAGAGGGAUAUUCGCCGUCUGAUGGAUGAGAUCAAGGCUAAAGAUAGGAUCAUAUUUUCCUUGGAGAAAGAACUGGAGACACAGACGGGCUAUGUGCAGAAGCUGCAGCUGCAGAAAGAAGCUCUGGAUGAACAGCUUUUCCUGGUGAAGGAGGCAGAGUGUAACAUGAGCAGUCCCAAAAGGGAGAUCCCAGGAAGGGCCGGAGAUGGCUCAGAGCACUGCAGCAGCCCUGACUUGCGCAGGAACCAGAAGAGGAUAGCUGAGUUGAAUGCCACAAUUCGGAAACUGGAAGACAGGAACACAUUGCUGGUUGAUGAGCGAAAUGAACUGCUGAAGCGUGUCCGAGAAGCUGAAAAACAGUGUAAACCUCUCCUGGAAAAGAACAAGUGCCUCACAAAGAGAAAUGAUGAACUGAUGCAGUCUUUGCAGCGCAUAGAAGAUAAACUCAAAGCAGUCACUAAAGAAAAUAUAGAAAUGAGAGAAAAAAUGACAUCACAUCCUCCUCUAAAGAAACUAAAAUCUCUCAAUGACCUGGAUCAGGCUAACGAGGAACAAGAAACAGAAUUUUUAAAGCUGCAGGUCAUAGAACAACAGAACAUAAUUGAUGAGUUAACAAGGGACAGGGAAAAACUCAUUCGUCGCAGAAGGAGUAAAAGGAGUUCAAAACCAAUUAAGAGACAUGUGAUAGAUGCAGUUAUGGGGUAUGAUGACGAUUCCAUGGACUCUGAAACGUCCUCUGUGGCCUCAUAUAGAACAGACAGAACACCAGCAACUCCGGAUGAUGAUCUGGAUGAGAGUUUAGCUGCAGAAGAAUCGGAGCUGCGGUUUCGACAGCUGACAAAGGAAUAUCAGGCCCUGCAGAGAGCUUAUGCGCUACUGCAAGAGCAAACAGGAGGCGUCAUAGAUGCUGAAAGAGAAGCCAAGGCUCAGGAGCAGCUCCAAGCUGAAGUCCAGAGAUAUAAAGCCAAAAUAGAAGAUCUGGAGAAAACUUUAGCACAAAAAGGACAGGACUCCCAUUGGGUGGAAGACAAACAGCUUUUCAUUAAGAGGAACCAAGAGCUUCUAGACAAGAUAGAGAAACUGGAAGCAGAAAACAACCGUCUGCAACAGGAGCUGCAGGAUGCCCGGGACCAGAAUGAGCUGUUGGAGUUCCGCAACCUGGAGCUGGAGGAAAGAGAGAGACGGUCCCCACCAUUUAAUCUUCAAAUUCACCCAUUCUCGGAUGGUGUGAGUGCUCUACAGAUAUACUGCAUGAAGGAAGGGGUUAAGGAUGUCAGCAUCCCAGACCUCAUAAAGCAAUUGGACAUCCUAGGUGAUAAUGGGAAUUUAAGAAAUGAAGAACAAGUGGCCAUAAUUCAGGCUUCCACAGUAUUGUCUUUGGCAGAAAAGUGGAUUCAGCAGAUUGAGGGAGCUGAGGCUGCUCUGCACCAGAAGAUGAUGGAACUGGAAAGCGAUAUGGAACAAUUUUGCAAGAUAAAAGGUUAUUUGGAGGAAGAACUAGACUACAGGAAGCAAGCUCUUGACCAGGCAUACAUGAGGAUCCAGGAGCUUGAGGCCACCUUGUACAAUGCUUUGCAGCAAGAAACGGUGAUAAAGUUUGGAGAACUGCUCACUGAAAAACAGCAGGAAGAGCUCAGGACAGCAGUAGAAAAGCUAAGACGCCAGAUGCUGAGGAAAAGCAGAGAAUACGAUUGCCAGAUUCUUCAGGAGAGGAUGGAGCUGCUCCAGCAGGCUCAUCAGAGGAUCCGAGAUUUAGAAGAUAAAACCGACAUCCAAAAGAGACAAAUUAAGGAUCUGGAGGAAAAGGUUGGUUUUGUUUUGCUUCUGAAGCAGGCUUGUUUUGAAAGUAAUGACCUAAUUCUUUUGAACUACAUGGAUUUUUUGAUACCUAAAUCAGCUGUACAUUUUAGUGCUUUUCUACUAUGCCUUCUUUUCAGUUUUUGCCUUUUAGUAUAUUCUGACAUUAAGAUUAGAGUCUUCUCCACAACAAACUGUUUCAUUUUUAGAAAUAAAUUCUGAGCACCUUUAAUUAUGGUGAAUGAUACUGGGUCAAAUAUCGAAACCCUUAUUUGGUGGUGAGAUGCUGUCUUGGUCUGCAGGCAGUACAUCCGUUAAGGCGGGGUGAUGGUAGUGAGUAGGAAGGAGUGAAUGAAACUCAGUGAAGGUACAGAGAUUAUCCUUUGGGAACUCAGAUUCUAUUGCUAUCUUGUUUAUUGAAGCUUGCAAUUGAUUAUGCAAUAUGACUGUGGUACCAGAAUCUUGCUCCUAAACUGACCUGUCAAGUUGCAUAUUCACAUUCUCUCCUAUAUAUACGAAGAAUACACAAAUAUAUACAUAGCUGUGCUGCUUUUUUCUUUUUUUGUCAUGUCAUGUUGUCUUAGUUUUUGAUAGGUUAGGUAAGAUUGCUGAAGAAAGAUCACAGUGGGGGCACGUCAUAAUCCUACCAUUGAUGUAUCUUACAUCAGUAUAGCAUUUCUAGAAAAUACAUCUUCAGUGAGAGCUUUGCCCAUGUAGUCAUAUUAGUGAAUCAGCGUACAUACAUAAGCUAUAAUAAUGGCUAUAAUGGCACUACAGUCACUGUACUAAUGAGCCCUUUCAGUUUGUAUGUAUGUUCCUUAAGUGAAACAAAUGAGUUCAGUGUAAAACUUGAUGCAUGUAAUUCCUUCCACUUUUCUGUUAAUAUUUUUGUGACACAAGAGCUCGGUGUCUUUCUUGUAUAUACAACAUGGGAAUAGAUCAUAAUCUGUAAUGAAAAACAAAAGAGAAAUAAAAUUUAUGCAGUGGUCAUAUGGAGACCUUGAGUACGAGACUUCUUAGUGCCAAUAUUCCACAGAAUUUUUUAUUCAUAAAAUUCACAUUCCAGGAGAUCAUUAAUGAUUAAAAUGACACAUCCAGUUUGUUUUUCAAAAUAUAAUGGUUAGGUUUGCAUACUGUAUAACCGUGUGUGUGUGUGUAUACAUGUAGUUGCAGGUUAUUUCCAGCAUAAAUGGCAGGCACUGUUUUUUUAACCUACUUCAAAAUACUACCCAUGCUAGUUUUGAUGUCCAGCUUUGUGUCUUCCAUCACCCCACGGUGGCUUACAGUGACAGCUGUAUCUCAGGCUUUCAGUAUGGUGUGAAUUCUAGUUUGCCACCAAAAUAAAUGGCAUCUGUUCGUAAUGUGACACUUUCAGAUCUAACUAGGGAAAUACAGUAUAUUCUGAAUGUAGAAUUACUUAACUUGUCCUUCAGAGUGCAAAAAGAACUAAUCCUGGUGCUUACAAUGCCACGACUUCUUACUUUUAUGCUGUCUUCUUUUUCUUCUGCAGUUUCUAUUUCUAUUCUUGUUCUUCUCUCUUGCCUUUAUUCUUUGGCCUUGAUGUCAAUGUGCCUCUUGGAAAGGUAAGACUACAUUAUUUUUCUCCUCAAAGGUAGUAUUUCUUGUGCAGUGCUGACGAUCAGACUGUUGUGUGUUCCUAUACAUGUCCAGAGUCAGGGAAUCUGGAAAGUUAUUGUCAACUUGUAAUAGUUCAUUGUGGAGAGUGAUCACACUGCUGACUUAACAAAUGGCAUUGCAGCCAGACCAACAUUGUCCAACAUUCUUGUAAAUGAACUGACAAAGCUUGCUAAUUAUACUAUGCCAUUUGUAAUUGCAAAAGCCAACAAAAAUUUUAUAAUAUCAAAUACUCAAGAGAAUAGCAGAUAAAAUUCAGUGUGCCAUCAAAGUUUCUGGUUCUUUAGAACUACCAAGGUGAAUGUCAUUAAGGGUGAUCUUUGCAAAACUGCUUUAUUUCCACUGGAUGCAUGUUGACUUAAUUAACCUUAUAAGAGACUUCAAACAGAUCUACAAUAAAACAACAGCAAAACCCCACACGACCUCCUUGAAAUAGACCUAGGGAACCAUUUGAUAAGUCUUUCAAUUCUGAGAGCAAACUGAUACAACUGCCGAUGAUUCAUUCUGGUUUCUUUUUCUGACAGGAUUAGCACAGCUCAUUGCUGUAUUUUUGAGAUUAGGAGGGACAAGCAUUUGAAACAAGAUCAGAAUGCAGUGUCUGUGAAUGAAGCCAUAUGCAGCAGUAUUUAGCAUCUAGACCAGAAUUCUGUAGCUCCUUCUGGGAACUUACUAUUUGCAGUUUUUUUUUCUGUGCUUAUGAAUAAAUAUAUAUGUUCACUUGUGAUUGCAUAAGGAAGUCUGGUCUGCAUCAGUUUCACACCUAGUGAGUUUUACCAUGUAGAUUUUAAGGCUGUGGAAGCAAAGAAAAUCUAAGCUGUUUUCUCCCACAUUUCAAAUCUGAAACCCAGAAUUCUUCUCCAUAUGCAGGAAAGAUUUCCUCGAAUUAGGAGUAGUCUGCAUUUCACUCAUUGCUGAAUCAGCCAAAGUCCUAGAGUUGUUGUGAAACCACAAACACAUUACCUGAUGUCAUAUCUGGUGAAUUUUAGGCAACCUUGGUACAAGAGUUAAUGAAACUGACAGUUUUCCAUGGGCUGAUGUGUAACUAUUUGCCUGAAGAUACCUGUGGUAACUUGUGUUGACCAGAAGGCUGUACUCUGUAGGGUCCAGUAGGUGGGGAGGAGAAACAGUCUGUCUGGUUAGCUAGUAAUGUAAGAAGAAAUCCUUUUUCUCACUGAUAGAUUCUGUUUGUCAGCUGAAUAGGUAGGCAGAGAACUUAUCUGAUGUUCUUUUUCUUAUACUUUUAGAGCACCUGACCACACAGAUUUGUCCCUAGAAAGGCAAAUGCUUCCAACCCCCCAAUGAAGAGAACGUUGUUUACACCUAUUAAAAAAAAAACAACAAAUUAACAACCUGUAGCCAAGACCACAACCACCUUGUAUUUUAAAGCCAUCACUCAAGAUUCAUUAAUGGACAGUUCCUGUCUAAAGCUAUGAUAUAUGCUGCAUCUAAUGAAGUUCUAUGUGUUGAAAUUACGAAAGGGGAAGAAAUAUAAACUGUCAACCUAUAUUGCUAAAGGAAAAACUUAAAGGGAAUCAGCAAGGCUCCACUUCCAGCUGAUGGAGUCAGAGUGUGUCUUGGGCAUGGAACCAAAGUUACAACAGAAAAAUCUAUCCCUGCUGUGCAGGGCAGUCAUUUAAAUGUGACACAGUCAUCCCACAAACAGAUCAAAAAUAAGAGGAAAGAGCAGGAGAAACACUAAAGGUGUGCAGAGGGAUACUGACCAUGAAGUGUUCUGUUUGAACUGUUGGACCUUCUCACUGCAGGGAGGCUCUUUCUUUCUCCCUUUGGUUUUCAUCUCAGGAACAAUGACAGCUGCAAUGUGGGGGCAAAAAAAAAAUAUUCUGGCUUAUUGCACUGUGGGCAGGACAAGACACCAUGUUUUGUAUUUGAGAUCAUUAUAAGGCACCAUUCUACAUGGCAGAGGGAGGGAAAAAUCAGAUGUGGGGCAUGAGGAAUGUUUCUGGCAGAGUUGUAGCCUUACCUUUUCAUAUUCCCUGCAUGAAGAAAAGCCUGUCCUUUGUCGGAUACUUCUCAGACUUCCAUAUUUGGUUUCACUAAAAGAACAAUAUAUGGAGGAGCACUGGAUUGAACCUACAGCCUGGCUUCUGAGAAAGAAAAAGAUGUGUUCAAGGGGAAAGGAAAGAAAGUAAUCCGCAGUGUCUGUGUUGUAUGAUCCAUGAAGCAUCAGCUUUCAGGUAUUUUGUUCCAGCCUUGAUCCUACUGAGCAUAAGAAACCCCUAUAAAUGUUUUGGUUUGGCUUGUCAAGCUGAUUUUGUUAGCUGGCUUCUUGACCAAGAAUGCGUUUACCAAAUAGUGGGGAAAGCCAUGUGAAGACAUCUUUACUAGAUAUGAGAAGUAGUGUUAUUAGUCUGUUUUUUCCAUAAUUAAGAAUAACUAGAAAUCAUUUCCAUUUCAAAGCAUUACGUAUCUUUGUCAUGACAAAGUCUGGAACCCAGUCCUGGUGUCUCCCUCAGGCAAGCAGUGCCCUCACAGCUGCAUGUCCCUUUAGUCGGUAAGAAGCAAACCCCAAGGAGAGCUGGCACCUGCAACAAACCCUGCCGAGCUUCUGUGUCUGUUGGAUGCAGCUUUGCUUCCAUCUUCCCCUUUCUCAUGGUGUGCUGUAUGAGCUAGGCAUGGCAAUGCGCUUCUCUGCCUCUGUUUUUAUUUCCCUGGAAAUGGAGUCUUUUCUGUGCAGACUUCAGGUUCCUGUGGCAAAGCUUAUUUGAGCUGUGUCUUCUACAGCAGAGCCUUAAUUUCAGCUAGGAAAAAUGGAUUUCCACAUAACAGUGUAGAAGACAGCCUGUGCAUUAGUUAGACCUUCAAAAGAGGGCUCACGUUCCAAAUUUUACGCACACAGACUCUGCAUACCAGAAGCUUUAAAAGUGCUUUACAAAGAGUCUUACCUUUGUUUGCCUGUUCAUUUUCACAGAUGGGGCAACUGAGGCACAAAGCAGUGAAGUAACUUGCACAGCAACUCAGCAGGGCAAAAGCUAUUCCUCGGCCAUAGCAGGAAUGAAGUUAAUCUUGUGCAGAGGAUGCCUGUCCCUCAGAUGUUUUGGAGCCAGAGUACCUUUUACUCAUUAAUGCCUAUAGAUCCAACACUGGGCUCUGUUUGUCCAGAGACUGAGAACAUCCUCAUUUUGUGCAUGUCUGGAAGUUCUGUUGAGCCCUCCAUUAAAGGUUAUAAGCUACUAGCAACUUUUUGCUCCUUAAAAUUAAUUUAAAUUGCAAAAUGAACAGAGCUGCUUGAAGCAAUCUGUUUUAGUCGAGGGGUUUACUGAAUUCUGCACAAGUUGUGUUUGUUGGUCCCAUUUUAUUUUUUUUAACAGGCUUGUAGGCAGGUAUGUUACAUGAAUGCUGGUAUGUUGCAUGCUCUAUGUUGCAGAAGAAUCUAUGGGUAAGGUUGACCCAAACUUAUCACCUGUGCUUUCCAAGGGUGCUGCUGCCAAUUCAGUCAUGAAGCUUUGGAGUCAGGCCUUUGAGAGCCUCUUCCCACACCUGUGACACACUGGGAUCACUUCACAAUUUCUUGUUAACUGCAAAAAGUUGUUUUUUUUUUCCUGUCUGGUUAUUCCCUCUUCCCCUUUCCACUGUUCUCUCUCCCUUGCUGGAGCACAAUUUCAUUUCAUACCACUUGGCUGCAGUAGUACGCGGGAAGUAAAUGCAACCUGGAAACUUUUUCUUAGAUAUUAUAAUGCCAGGCUCAUCUUAAGUAACAAUGAGCACAGCACGUGUUUUCCAAGGUGGUGCAAUAACUUCCAUCUCUGCUUUGGUUAAAAAAAAAAAAAAAGCGUACUGGAAAUGUUUGUUAUAGACAAUUGCAGGGCAGAAGCAUAGCACAGAUAACGUUGUCUGGUUUUAGAACAUACCUCGCUGAUUUUGUGACAAGCUUCAUUAUUUAGGCCCUCUGAGCUGUGCUGUGCACAUCUUGUGCUCAUUUCUCUUGCCUGAUUUCCCCUCCCUUACUCUUUCUUAUUACAUAUGCAUGCAGGUGCUGCAUUUCCAAGGGCUUAGGGAGGGGUGGGAGGUGGCAGAGCAUCCACAGGUUACUGUGAUGUGACAUGUAAAUGGUUGCUAACUUUAGAAAGAUUGCUGGAGUUCCUCCAGAGAGCUGAACAACAGCUGCUUUAUUCUCCUUGCAGCAUUACAUGAGCCAUGCCUAAAACACACUUGUUGGUAAAAUACAAGCUUCCUCCAGUCAGCCUGACAAAAAUGAGUUUGAUACAAAAUGUUUGGAGAUAUAUAUAUAUAUGUAUCUAUGUUAUAUAGAUACAUAUACAUAUAUAUGCACAUCUAUCUGUCUAGUCCCUAUUGUAUAUAGGAAAUCAUUGCUAUAGCUUAUGAAAGUAUAUUUCCAGUCUAGGUAUGGGGAAUUCAGUCUAGACCUGUUUAGCUACAGCAGCUGCUACACUCAUGGUUUAGUCUCACAUCUUAUGUGCAACUUCUUCGUGGCUCUGUUUUUCCUUAUUUUUCUUUUUUUUUUUUCUUUUUCCUUCCACCAUUCUUUGUCCUAAAGCUGUCAUCCAAGGCUUUCUGUUUUUCCUGAUGUUCUCUGAGGCAAGGUAUUGAGAGUUCUCUCAAAUGAGUCUCUGCAGCCCCUUCCUCAAAUCAGCCUCAAAUGAGGACUGUAAACAUAGCCCUGAUUCCUCCUGUCUGUACUGGAGCAGGACCACAGCACUCCAGAACUUCCAGACCAUCACAGCAGUGGAUGAGGCAUGUACAUGAUGAAAGUCAGCUGAAGAAAAAUCAGACUUGCCACUUUUUCUCCUACUUCUCCACCAAAUCAGGAGAGUCCAAAGACACUUCUUUCAAUUCAAGCACUUCAAAGACCUAGUUGGUGAGAUGAAUUUAGGCAAUUUGGUUUGAGAAGGAAAUAGGGCUUCUUGCAGUAUUACCAGCCUGGCUCACAGCUCUAUUCUCACUGGCAUGCCUGGAGACCCAUGUAAAUUUUAUUUUGUUUUUUUUUUUUUUUGCACACUUGCUCCAUUUUCCAACUCCCUGCUGUCAUCUCAGUGGUGAAUAUUCUCUGAACCUCAAAGCUUUCAGCUUUCUGGCACCCCAUGAGACUGGAUAGGCCAGGCUUCUUCUCAUGGGGGCGAGGUUCAAUGAACAGCCAUACAAUUGCUGGCUACUGAAAGUUUGUUUGUUUUUCCCUGCCCUCUUUCACAUCAGCCCCUGUGUGUUUUUAAAUAGAGUUUUGUUCUUUUCUUUUUUUUUUUUUUGUGUGUGUGUGUGUUUAUUCCAGAACAGAAGUGUUAAUGACUUGGCAGAAUGACCCUUUGAUAAACACUGGACACGUAUCUGUAUUAUAUGUAUUAAUGUGUAGAAGAGAAUCCUUAUUGUAUGUAAAGUUUUAUGAAUGGUUAUUUUUUAAUUUAUGUAUUUAAUAUAGGAUUCAAUGACCUCUGGUGUUUUAGUUUGUAUAAAGAAAGAAUAAAACAGCAGCAUUUUUAAAAAAAGAUCUCACUUUACAUUCA